UAUAUAUUUGGCACUGCGACGCCAUUAAACAACAGGGAGGAGGAGGAGGAGAGAGAGCAAGAAAAGCUGCAGCAUGAAUGGAAGCUUUCCUGGAAACACAUUUGGAGAAAACAGAUGUGAACCAACAUCCUUGAUGAAUCCCUAGGCAGAGAUGUGGUCUACCUUGUUAUGUCCCCCGAGCGUCCGUUUGGAGAUCCAAAGAUCGCUUUUUCUUCAUAUCCCAAGAAUGUCGGGAACCCGUACGGUUUCCAGGAAGGGAAGCCUGAAGUCUUUCCACGUAGACAAAAAGAUGGCUAUGAACCAAGCAUCAUCCUUCUGUGUCCCCGCUUGAGCCUUUUGCAGCCACGGGGUUUACCCCGGAGCAAACAUGGAGGAGCGGACGUUGUCUGGGAAGGUUCUGAAAGGACCAGGCCGUGGUCCUUGCCACGGAGAAGAUGAUGGCGGUCCAGAUCUCAACAUGAAAAACCAACCGGGGAAGGCUGUGGUGACUAUUGAGGACGUGGCCGUCCACUUUACGUUGGAGGAGUGGGCCCUCCUGGAUCCAGACCAGAAAGCGCUGCACCAGGAAGUCAUGCGGGAGAAUCACAUCAACAUCGCGACCUUAGCUUAUCCACAUGCCAGCGAGUUUGAAGAGAGGAUCGGCCGACGGGAACAGGACGAUCCGGACGGACUCAACCGAACAUCAUCGAGGAGGGAGAUGGGAUCCGUUUCCUUACUUUGUGUGGAAAGCAGAGGCGCUCCGAAUCAACACAGCCGAAAGAGGCAGCGAAAGGGCCCGCUCAAAAGUGGGCCCAAACAACCAAGGAAUCGUACAAUCAGAAGAAGGAGCAAAUCUGGCGUGGGUUUUCCUGACUGUCUACGUGGGUGUGAAGAAGGGGCACAGGCUUCACUGGAGGAGAGCUGUAGGGAGCAGCGGCCCCGACACCCUCCAACCAAGAGGAUGUACAAUCAGGAGACACCCUUUCGGUGCCCAGACUGUGGGAAAUGCCUCAGCCAGAAGGGUCACCUCAGGAGGCAUCAGCGACUCCACAAGGCCGAGAAGCCCUACCGGUGUUCCUCUUGCGGCGAGGCCUUCAGCCAGAGCUUACGGCUGAUCGUGCACAGCAGGACUCACACCGGGGAGAAGCCCUUCGAGUGCCCGCAGUGCGGGAAGCGCUUCCGUACGUGCACGGGGCUGGUGCAUCACCGGCGGGUCCAUGUGGAAGAAAAGGUCUACCGCUGCGCCGACUGUGGGGAGAACUUCCGGGAAAGAUCACACUUUGCGGCCCACGAGAGGAGCCACAUGGAAGGGAGGCCGUACCACGGCGGGUUUUGUGGCAAGACUUCCGGUGGCCGCUCAGAGUUCGCCCAGCUCCACGGGAGGUCUCGCCCCAGGGAGAAGCCUUACGGGUGCUCGUUCUGCGGGAAAACCUUCACCAAGAGUUCUCAUCGUCGCGCCCACGAGAGGUCUCACACGGGGGAGAACCCCUGCAGGUGCCCGGUCUGCGGGAAGCGCUUCAGCUGCAACUCCCACCUCAUGGUGCACGAGAGGAUCCACACAGGGGAGAAGCCCUUCCCUUGCUCGGCCUGCGGGAAAAGCUUCCGGUCCCGCUCGCACCUCAUUGUGCAUGAACGGAUCCACACGGGGGAGAAGCCGUACCGGUGCUCCACCUGUGGGAGGGGCUUCACUGGGAAGUCCUACCUAACGGUCCACGAGAGGACCCACACGGGAGAGAAACCUUACGGGUGUUCGACUUGUGGGAAGGGCUUCAGCCGUAACGCGGACCUUGUCCUCCAUCAAAGGACCCACACGGGAGAGAAACCGUACCGAUGCUCGGCCUGUGGGAAAGGCUUCAGCCGUCGGAAGCGCCUAGCUGCGCACGAAGAGAAGCAUGUGGAGGGGUGCCUGGUGGCAUCAAAAGUGUGAGAGUAGAGGGGAAAGGGGUUUUCCUCUUAAGUCACAGGUUAAAUCACUGGGGAAGCAGAAUCGUAGCCCUGUGGGAAUGUGGGCACAUUGUGUGAAUACCAUCCCAU